CUGAAGUUAGCUGCAGCCGCUGCAGCUCACUAUUCAACUCCAUGUGCGGUUAUAUAUUUACCAAUAUUUAUCUUCUGACCCUUUUACCAGUUCAAAGUUUCUCGACAAAUCAUGAAGCAAAAAGACCAUUCCCAAUUCUAUAAUGUAGUCAAAUGUCUCUCUAAUUGUUAGUUUUUACUUCAAUCGAGUGACACAAUAUGGAAUAGAUAAAAAUGGAUCACGAGGAGGAAUUUUUGAAUACUUUUUUCACCCAAGUAACUCAGCUGUGCUUCGAAAAGGCCAAGGAGUCUGUGGAAAAGGAGAGAGAGUCAUGUCGAUUGACUCAGAUGGGACCCUGGGGGAUGCUUCUCAUGCACCUUCCACAGGUAGUCGUUGCUGAACGUUCCUACGCAGAUUUGGGUUUUCUCCACACGAAAAAUAAGGGAUUCCUACGUAAAGAUAACUCGUUGAAGACCAUUUACGAGUCUCUCAAAGGCGAUUUAAGAAGAGUCGAGGAGAUGACGAGGGGGACAAACACAAUCGGAGCCACUGUUGCUGAAGUAUCUAAUCAACUCUGCCAGUUUAUCACUGCUAGAAUACAGUUGAUCGAAUUCUAUGAGAAGAUGUAUCAUAUGAGCUUAGCCAAUAAAUCUAUGAAACACGAGGAAUUAUUGGGGAUUAUUGAUAGCAUCGUCGAUGCACAUUCGUUGUCAUGCUCACAUAUGGCUCUGAUUGCCAUUAAAGCUGCACUGACAUUAGAAUGUGAAAUUCUAGUGCAAUUAACGAGAGCACAAGUAGAAGUGAGGAACUGGAGAUUUUUAUCAAGCUUAAUGGCUCUUUAUGGCGCACAAGCAAGGAUGUCUGCCUGGGAAAGAACUCUUCAAAGUAAAGAAUCCUGGAAAUUGGGAUUCGGUGCCACGUUUCUCAAAGCUAAUCAACAACCAGCUCUUUAUCAAUGGCUGGUGAAACUGAAAGGUGCGAUUUUAGCAAAAUGCUCUCUAUAUUUCCACACGACCUUGAGCCAACAGGCAACGCAGGGGGAGAUGAGGAAUAUCAUGAGUAAACAGAAUCUCGACUAUUACCACAAGGUUCAAACGUUCCAAAGGAAGUGGGACAUUUUGGCUGUCUUGAUCAUGUUUGAUGCCCGUGGAGCUGAGAACUCAGGCCCUGGAUACCGACACCCAGACAGAGAACCUGAUAUUUACGAAGAAUUUCCCAUUGUUGUUGGCUGUCCAAGUAUAUUAAUACAGAAACCGUCAAUCCAUUGGGACACAAUCAGACAAGCAAUCAAAGAGCGAUGUGCAGAGCUCCUCAACAUGGACAAAAUCCUUUACGUAAAAAGCAGCAAAGAUCCAAUAACUUAUGCAAUGUCUAAUAUAGACCCCCGAAUGACCUUGAUAAUAGUCUACGAGAGUGGAAAACAAAAGGACAAGGACUCCCACGUCGUUACAUUCAUGAAUGACUUAUGCGCCCAAUUGAAAUGCAAUAAAAUUUACGAAUGUUUGAAACUCUCCAAGUAACAAGUACCAAUCGAUCUCAAUUCUUAUAGAGAGGUAAUUUAUUUUUGUACAUUGAUAAUUGUAAAUCACAAGAGAAAUUGAGGUACGUGAAUCGCGGACAAUUGAAUAAAUAUUUAAAUAACAA